GACCCUGAUGUGAAGGACGGGGAUGGGAGGCCUCCAUUGUUUUGGGCAAUCGAAAAGGGAUCCGAGGAGGUAGUACGACGGAUGCUCGAAUUGCUGCUCGAUAGAGGCGCGGACAUUAACUCACAAGACGCCUCCGGGAAGACGAUUCUGGAUCUUGCAGCAGCAGCCGGCGAUGUCGAGCUGGCUGAGCUCGCACUAGAGCAUGGAAUAAUGUUGGAAGCCACCGCGAAGGACGGCAUGACGGCUCUGCAUCGCGCCGUACUACAUCAGCACGAUAUCAUUAUGGACAUGCUCCUGGAUGCUGGCGCCGAUGCCGAAGCACAGGAUGGUAACGGGGAUACACCACUACACUUUGCG